AUUAUUCCCAGCUGUGUCCACCACCUGUGUGUAAUUCCCCUGUGUUUCCCUGUGUAUUUAAGUCGUGUCCUCGGUCAUUGUAGUUGCUGGUCCGUCUGUGUACUCCACCCUGCUGUCAACCGCCAUCUGUUUCUGCUCGCUUUCAUUCAUGUUCAGGUUUGUGUUCUAUAGUCAGUUUGUUCCCAGUCUAGUUUAGUCUUUGUUCGGUUCGCCUUUUGUCCGUUUUUAUUUUGUGUUUAAUAAACCACCAUCACACCCUUACAAGUGCCUGCGUUUGGAUCCUCCUUUAUUUUCCACGGCUCAUCUCACUCGCCGUGACAUUUAGUCAGGUGCGGCUUUUCUAUGGAUCGUCCAUGACUUUUGUGAUAUCGUAAGAGGAUUUGUUUUGGUUGUUCUGCAGUUGUACGGCACUACGCUGCCUGGCAGAAGGGCAUGUGAUCAGACACACAAGAGUACAAGAGUGGUAUGCUGGUCACAUGUCCAUCCGCCAGGCAACAUAGUGCCGUACGUACGUACGUAGCGCGAAAAACAAACUUGAUAAGCAAGAGGAGUAUUACAGAGUAUUACAGGAGUAAGCUCUCAGUAUGGCAAACAAAAGAAAUGCAUAUGAUGCAGCUUUCAAAUUAAAGGCAGUCGAUUUGGCUCUCAGCGAGGGAAAUAGAGCGUAGCCUUGGUAUAAACGAAUCAAUGGUGAGACGUUGGAGACGCCAGCGUGAUGAACGGGCUCAGUGCAAAAAGAUGAAAAAAGCUUUCAGAAGAAAUAAGACCAGAUGACCCAAAAUUUAAGACUGUACUGAAGACUGGGUGAACACACAGAGAGCAAACGGGUGAGGUGUUUCAACUGUGCAGAUCCGACUAAAAGCCAAAACAGUCGCCAAGGAAAUUAAGGUCGUCCGCGUCCUGAUGGACAGUCCUUUUCGUUUCAUAAAUCUGUGACACCAGGAUGGCUCACCUCUGAAAUUUUCUAUACUGUGUGUAAGCAACUCCCUCCCGACAACGCAGAAAAAAUAACAAUCUCCCGCAAAUUCACACAAAGAAAGAUAAACGAAUAUUCGGACCGGACGAGAUCGUAAACAUGAAUGAAGUGCCACUGACGUUUGACCUGCCCCUCACUAGGACUGUUAACAAGCAAGGUGAAUCAACCAUCACGGUGAGAACCACUGGCCACGAGAGAAUGAAUUUCACUUGUGUGCUGCACAUCAUCAGGGUUUAAACCUCCGCCAAUGGUGAUUUUUAAGUGGAUGACUAUGCCAAGAGAAGAGUCAACAAGAAAGGGUGGAUGGCUGCAAGAGUCGCUCCUCCAGCGACCUGGAGGAUUAUUUCGCCAAAAAAAAGCAUUACUUGUUUUGGACAGCAUGAGGGCCCAUAUCACAGAUUCUGUGAAAGCAGCCAUUAAGAGCACAAACUCGAUUCCAGCUGUGAUUCCUGGAGGCACAACGAAGCACCUGCAGCCACUCGACAUCAGUGUGACUUGUGCGUUCAAAGUAGCACUACACGUUCAGCGGGAGAUGUGGAUGACGAGCGGCGAUAAAUCAUUCACCAAAACUGGUCGCAUGUGAAGAGCCAACUGACAGUGUGAAAACAUCCACGAUCACCAACGGAUUUCGACUGGACUGCUGCAUGAUGGAGAGGAGGACACCACGGCCCUUCAGAGGGUGUUCGACUCUAACACUGACAACGAGGAUUUCUUUGGUUUUGAAAGCGACAACGACGGAGAGAAGCGGAGAGUGGAUGACAAAACCAUCCUGAGCCUGUACGUUUCCGACACUGGAGGAGAGGACUUUGGUGGUUUUAGCAGGAAGAAGAGAAAGAUGGUGGUGAAUGACUGAUUUUUCUUCUUGUUAAAGCCAUGUUACUGCACCUGAGCCUAAAAGACCAGAAAAUUAUCACAGCUGAAUCUGGGCAGAAAGUAACUCUGACAUGUCGAGCUCAAAUCAACAAGGUCAAAUUUGUACAUUGGAGCAGAGCUGAUCUGGAGCCAGAAUAUCUCCUUUUGUACCAAGAUGGGGAGUUGCUUUGAGCCAACCAGCAUCCAUCUUUUAAGAACCGGGUGAAUCUGCAGGACAGACAGAUGAAGGAUGGAGACGUGUCUUUGAUUCUGAAGGAUGUGACGACUGCUGAUGAUGGAACAUACAUGUGUCGUGUCUUCAUGGAAGAAAAACGAUCAUGGGAGCUCAUCAGCAUCAUCAACCUGAAUGUAUUUCCAGACCAGCAAAUUAUCAAAGCUGAGUUUGGACAGCAUGUCACUCUGACAUGUCGAGCUCCAAACAACAAUAAGAUCAAAUUCGUACAUUGGAGCAGAGCUGACCUGGAGCCAGAAUAUCUCCUUGUUUACCAGGAUGGGCAGUCUCUUCUAUAUAACCAGCAUCCAUCUUUUAAGAACCGGGUAGAUCUGCUGGACAAACAGAUGAAGGAUGGAGACGUGUCUUUGUUUCUUGAGGACGUAACGACUGCUGAUAAUGGAACAUACAAGUGUCAUGUCUUCAUGGAAGAAACACGCUCAUGGAAGCUCAGCAUCAUAAUAGUGACUGUUUCUCCAGUCCAGAAAAUCAUCAAAGCUGAAUCUGGACAGGACGUCACUCUGACAUGUCGAGCUCCAAACAACAAGAUCAAAUUUGUACACUGGAGCAGAGCUGACCUGGAGCCAGAAUAUCUCUUUUUUUACAGGGAUGGGCAGGCUCUUCCAGAUGACCAGCAUCCAUUUUUUAAGAACCGGGUGGAUCUGCAGGAUAAACAGAUGAAGGAUGGAGACGUGUCUUUGAUUUUGAAGGAUGUGACGGCUGCUGAUGAUGGAACAUACAAGUGUCGCAUCUUCACAGAAGAAACACGUUCAUGGAAAUCUGUCAGCAUCAUCAAUCUGAAUGUUAAUCCAGACCAGAAAAACAUCAAGGCUGAGUCUGGAAAGAACGUCAAUCUACCAUGUCAUGCUCCAAACAACAAAGUCAAAUUUGUACAUUGGAGCAGAGCUGACCUGGAGCCAGAAUAUCUCCUUUUGUACCGAGAUGGGGAAUUGCUUUCAGCCAACCAACAUCCAUCUUUUAAGAACCAGGUGGAUCUGCAGGACAGACAGAUGAAGGAUGGAGACGUGUCUUUGAUUCUAAAGGAUGUGACGGGUGCUGAUGAUGGAACAUACAAGUGUCGCAUCUUCACAGAAGAAACACGUUCAUGGAAAUCUGUCAGCAUCAUCAAUCUGAAUGUUAAUCCAGAUCAGAGAAACAUCAAAGCUGAGUCUGGGCAGAUUGUCAUUUUGCCAUGUGGAGCUCCAAGCAACAGCAAGGUCAAAUUCAUAUAUUGGAGCAGAGCUGACCUGGAGCCAGAAUAUCUCCUUUUUUUCCGGGAUGGGCUGGCUCUUCCAGAUACCCAGCAUCCAUCUUUUAAGAACCGGGUAGAUCUGCAGGACAGACAGAUGAAGGGUGGAGAUGUUUCUUUGAUUCUGAACAAUGUGAAUACUGCUGAUGAUGGAACCUACCAAUGUCAUAUCUUCAUGGAGGAAACACGCUCAUGGAAGCUCAGCAUCGUCUACCUGAGUGUUCCUCUGAUUCAUAAAGACGCCACAGCUUAGUCCGGACAGAGCAUCACUCUGACAUGUCAAGCUCCAAAUAACAACAUUGAUGUUGUAGAAUGGAGCAGAGCUGACCUGGACACAGAAUAUGUCCUUUUGUACCGGGAUGAGCAGUUUGAUACAGACAACCAGCAUCCAUCUUUUAAGAACCGUGUGGAUCUGCAUGACAGACAGAUGAAGGAUGGAGACGUGUCUUUGAUUCUCAAGGAUGUGACAAAUAAUGAUGCUGGGACAUACGAGUGUCGUAUCUUUAUGAGAGGAACAAACCACAAGGAUAGUAAACCCAUCAGUAGCGUCACACUGAGAGUUGAUCCUCCAGACCAGAAAACCAUCACAGCUGAGCCUGGACAGGACGUCACUCUGACAUGUCGAGCUCCAAACAACAACAUCAAAUUUGUACAGUGGAGCAGAACUGAUCUGGAGACAGAAUAUGUCCUUGAGUACCGGGAUGAGCACUUUCUUACAGACAACCAACAUCCAUCUUUUAAGAACCGGGUGGAUCUUCUGGACAGAAGGAUGAAGGAUGGAGACGUGUCUUUGAUUUUGAAGGAUGUAACGACUGCUGAUGAUGGAACAUACAAAUGUCGUGUGUUCAUGGAAGAAACACGCUCAUGGAAGCACAGCAGCAUCAACCUGAGUGUUGUUGUUCCUCCAGGUCAGACAGGAGGAUCUGUUGGACUGAUUGUCGGCCUGGUAGUUCCCGCUCUGCUUCUUUUUGCUGUUGUUGUUGGUGUUUUGAUUUGCAGAAAACGUUAACAACAGAAACGGGAUUUUGACCUGCAUUUGAACUCACCUGCAGGUCCACAAGGAGGAUCUGUUGGACUGCUUGUCGGUGUAUUAGUUUCUGCUGUGCUUCUUGUUGCUGGUGUUUUGAUUUGAACAGAAUGACAGUGUCGGGGCACAUGCUAGCCUGCUGUUGUUUAGUGCAUGGUUGAAAUGUCUGAGUUUUUUUUUUCCUGCUGCUGUAGUUGGUUUGUUGGUGUUUUGCUCUACAGAAAACAUAAACUGUCUCAAGGUUCUAAUGAGCGUGCCUCUUAAUUCUUAACAUCUGAACUGUGAGUCAGAUGAUCUGAGGACACAUAUAAAUGAACUCUCCUGAACAUCCAGCAGACGACUCUGAUGAUCAUCAUGUUCAGACUCAGACCAACAGUGUGUGUGUGCUGUCUGUCAUUGACUCUGAACUACAGUUUAUUCAUCUUCAGGCUGUUCAUGAGAUAAAACUGUGCUACAAACAUGAAUGAAUUUAUGUAUAAUCUCAGAAUCAAUUAUUGUUUUUGUAUUUUAGCUUCAGAAUCAGCACUUUACAAUAUAAAUACUGACACUGACAAUAAUUCAAACCGUGUGUGAUGGUGUGUAGAUGAGGUCUGGUGAAUUAUAUCAAUCAUAUCAUUGAUCAGCUAUAACUGAAAUGCUCCCCGAAUUUUGGAGUUUAAGGGUAUAAAAUUAAUAGAGGACUUUAACAUUAAUAUAAAAUAUUAACUUAAUGUGACUUUUUCCUUCUGUCUUUAGCACACAAAAAUGUUCUUUUAUAGCAACCCCAUCUUUUGUUGUGGUUAAGAGCCUACAAGUGGUGUAAACAUUUGCUUGCCAUACAAAACUGGUCAUUUAAUCAUAUAUACCUUAUUUUUAACUUCAAAUUUCUCAAUUACUAAAAGAAAUACAUGAAUAGCUAUUGUUUUGAAUGUAAUUUUCUCUGGAAUAUGUUAUUAAUGAAAUCUAUGUAGACAGAUUCACCAGAGCUCUCUGAGAAAAAGCUCUCUGAAGAAAGAAAAAAGGAGAUUUUAAAAGGAACUUAUGUUCAUUUUUGGUGCUGUGUUUUUAUUCUUGAACUCUGUUGUAGCAGCUUUGCAUGAUUCUCAGCUCAGAUUAGUCAAAUUAGAGGACACAAGUGUGACUAAAACAGGUGAAACUGCUUAUGGCAGGGCAGACAGUUGCUAUGGGAACAUAAAGAAACACCUGGCGGAAAAACUGAAAACUGUAUAAAGACACUAAAGUCGGCUGUUCUUCUGAGGACUCGGCCCACGUAGACCGCAAAGGCCUUGUCCUCAGAAGGUCGGGUAGGCCAAAAGUAAAUGGCUGUGAAAUUGGACAGUCUACCCUUUUGAUUUGCAUCACCGCUGUCUCGGUGGAGUUUAUUAAAC